AUGCAGAACACACUUGACGCCAUACGCGGCAAAAAGCUCCACCUUAGUAACUUCAAAAUAAGGCACAAGGUUGGAAAGGGCUCGUAUGGGACAGUCUUCGCAGCCCGGCACCGCCAAUCUGGUGCUGUUUGCGCCAUCAAGACAAUAAACAAGGCGAGACUCCGGACUCGGGGAGCAGAGGAUCUUGUGAAACGCGAGGUGGACAUUCACAGCCAACUUCGUUACCGAGGAAUCUUGGAACUUUACACCUGGUUCGAGGAUUCAUACAACUACUUCCUCGUAAUGGAGUAUGCCCCCGGCGGUGAGCUGCUCAGAGCCCUGCGGCAGGAAGGCCCAUUCUGCGAACGACGGGCAGCCAACUACUCGGCCCAAAUAGCUGCGGCGUUGCAGUACUUGCACAGCAAGGAUGUCAUCCAUCGGGAUCUCAAGCUCGAGAACGUCCUGCUGCAGGCGAACGGGAAGCUGAUGCUGGCCGACUUUGGCCUCAGCGUGAGCUUGCCGCCGGGCACUCAACUGUAUGACAGCUGUGGCACCCUGGACUACAGGGCUCCCGAGGCACUGGGAGGGCAGGGCUACUCGCGGGAGAUCGACAUGUGGGCCCUCGGUGUCAUGACGUACGAGUUCCUUACGGGUCGGCUCCCAUUCUACAGCGAGGAUGACGCGGUCGUCAGGGAGAGAAUAGUGAAGGCGGAUAUCACGCCUCUCCCGACGUCAGUGUCUUACCUUGCCAGGGAGUACGUGCAUUCGUUGCUCGAGCUAGAUCCAUGCUGGCGACUUUCAUGUAAUGAGGCGCUUCUCGAUCCCUGGAUUCUAGAGCACUGCCAACGGUGUUAG